UUGAAUAACGAAAAGUUUUGUAAUUACUCAACCAUAUUUCUGUUUUAGUUCUUGUCAUAUCAUAUAUAUGGUUAUUCCGCCAAAUAAAUGUAUAAUGGAUUACAAAUUCUGGUCAGCUAGCUAUGGAACAAUUUGGGUUGUAUUAAUUAAAAUGAUAUUAUUACAGAAUUAACGGAAUUAACGUCAAUGAUGGCGGAGUCAGUUGCUUUAGAACAUACUGAGACGCAGGAAAUUCAAGGACAUGCAAUAUUAAACGGAAGGCUCUCAGAAUAUGUAACAUUCCACGGCUACAGCGCUUCAUAUAUACCUGACAUAGCAAAAGAUGUUGACAAACUUCCAGUUGUGAUUAAGGAUGACACAAAUAAACCCGAAGAUCUUAGAACCGUAGUCAACGAGUUGGAAACGGAUCAAGUUGUAGUAGAGAUUGACAAUGACGGAGACAAAAACGAAACAAUUAGAAAAGAUGAUUUGAUAUUGUCUGAUGGUGCACAAACAGGUGCUGAUGGUUAUUUCGAAGUUAACAUUCGUGGAAGUAAAUCAGCAAACAAAAAGAUCAAAGUGUUUAUUUGGCGACCAAUACAGGAGGACAACCAGAAAAAGGAGGUGCCAUUUAAACCCUCCUUGUAUCUCAUUAUUGACAGUCCAGAAGAAGACGAAAAUGUUAAUAAAAUAUCACUUAUGGAAGAGAUCAUUGAUUUUGCAAAAAAGACCAAAUUGCCUUGUCAUAUUGUAAAACAGAGAGUUUUGUUCCACAGUGGUUAUAAAAAGACUGCUAGUAUUCAUUACAAAACAGAUAAGGAUACGAUUGAGGAACUUAUAAAAAAAGGAUUCAAUGAAUUUGAAAGAUUAGACGAGAAUAUAGAAGACGAAAUUCAUUACUUCAGACGAAUGGCAGAAUAUGCAAUUGGAGAGGAAGUUUUGCCAAUUAUUAUAUCAUUAAAAAGAAAUCAUGUGAUCAAACAAGAAGUACUAAACACAGCACAAUCCUACCAAAUACCUCUCAUUUACUUCAAGCCACAGAAAAAAACACAGGAUGUUAAUAUCUUAUGGCCUACAGACGGUAACGACCAGGACAAUGCAGUGAUCACAGAAUACAAAACGGAUACUACAAAGCCUUGGCGCGUAAAGAAAUUAAAAGAGAAAAACACACAGAAGAAUUCAUCGUCAGAUGGCAUUGCACUUCUUUCCGAGAUUCAUGGUGACCUGGAUAUUGUUAUUUCCCAUAUAUUAGUUGGAGUGUGUUUUAAAGAAAAAUCAUCGACAGAGAGAAAGGAUGAUACAUAUACUAAUGACUAUGCCACUGCCUUAUCGAUGUACCUUUUGAAAAAAGGAAAGUGGACAAUUUCCAAAAAAGAUAUGAGAAAACUAUUUAGUCAGAAAUCUUUGGAAUACAUCUACGAGGAGGUUGUGACUUCCGAAUUUAUAAAGAAAUUAUGUCGCAACCAGGAUGCCUUUUCCAGAUUGGCAUACAAACUUCCUGAACACUCAGAUUUUGUUUGUGAGAUCAAUAAUGAAGAAACAGUACAGAUUGAACGGACAACAAAAGGUAAAAGAGUACAACUUAUCGAAUGGGAUACUGAAUGUAAUGGGCUUAUAUUUUUUGCUUUGUUGCAAAAACAGUACUGGACAGGAGCUCUUCAGCUGGUGGAAACAGGAUGUGUUGGGAUUCACCAUAUUCUUGUCGGAUGUGUCUUAUUAGAAGACGAAGUGAUCGAUUGGAAAACAACGACGGCCUUAAAGGAAAAACUACAACUUUUAAAAAGCGCAUUUACUGAGAGAGCUAUUGGUAUUACGAGCUGCAUUUAUGAAGAAGAUAAGAACGCAGAAAAUAACGUUGCUAAAGAAACUGAAAUUGGCAGUAUUGAGAAAAUUGCAGAAGACAGAGAGCUUGAUGACAAUAUAAAUCAUGCUGGAAGACUCUUGUUGAAUCAUGGAUAUUUAAGGGAUGCUAUUAAUACUCAAAACAAUACCUUCCUGAAAAAUGACACAGUGAGGAAAGUUUUAAACAAACAAUGGUAUGGUACAGAAGAAGUUGACUGGAAGGCGAUUUUCAGCUUUAUUUUUCUUGUUGCAGCCCACCUAAUAAUGCUGCCCUUAUUAAUGAUUAACAUGGAAGCACGUCCAUUACGUCGGUUUUACAAGAAUUACAAGUUGCCUUUCCUGAAAGUAGUUAUACAUAUGCUGGGAUUCUUAGCUCUCCUGAUUGCAUAUGCAUACAUGUUGCUGUUCGACUACAGUGAUAAGGGGAUCACCUCUUCUGACUGUUUUAUCAUAGUGUUGAUAACUAGUUUUGUGGUGGAUGAAAUCAAGCAGGUCAUUGUUGCUUUUCUAAGAGGACAAUUGAAAAGCUAUGCAAGUGAUUGGUGGAAUACAUUAGAUUGGUUAUUCAAUAUAGCAUACAUGUUAGGAAUGCUACUGAGAGCUGGUGAAGGGUCCGGAUUCCGCAAUACGUCAAAAUGUUUAUUACUUUUAGCAUUCAUGAUUCUUUGCGUAAGAAUACUAAAUAUAUGUUGCAUGACAGAGUUUUUAGGACCAAAGUUGGUUAUUAUACGAAAGAUGAUUAAACAAACGGUUGCCUUUAUGAUUAUUAUGACUGUCAUAGUGGUGUGGUACAGUGUUUCCUUUCAUGCACUUUUAUAUCCAAAUUCUGAGUUCAGCUGGAGCGAGAUCGAAAAAAUUUUGUCAAAUGGUUAUUGGAUGUUAUUUGGAGAACUGAACUCAGAUGGUGAAAAAGUGACUGGACGGAACAGUACCAGUACAAUCAACAAAACGAUAGACGAGAAUGAUAAUUUACAGCGAUCUGCUACAAAACUUGGUGAAGACCUCACGCCUUACUUAAAAGCCUUAUAUGGAUUGAUAGCAGUAGUCUUACUGUUAAAUCUACUGAUAGCUCUGUACAGUGACACAUUUAAUGUAGUACAACAACAAUCCGAGUUUUAUUGGAGGCAGAUACAGACUGAUUUUCUCGAGGAAUAUAGUAUCAAAACAGUAUUUCCAAUUCAUCUCCAGUUACUUGCAUUGCCGGGAAUAAUUACUGCAAUUAUAUGGCUUUGUUAUUCGAACCUUAGGGGGAAGUUAUCAAAUAAAUAUAACAUGCAUGAGGAAAAGGCAAAGCUUAACCAUCGACCAAUGCUUGUCAGAGUUUUUCUGUAUGAUACUAAUUAUGAUUUGAAGCUAAAAUCGACAGAAUAUGCAGAAGAGAAAGGUGCGCUGGACAACAAAGGGAAAAUAGACCUCGAAGAUUUUGACGCAAUUGCGACUAUGAACAAGAUAGCAGAUAGUUUAAAAGAUUUAAAAGAAAAGAAACACAUGAGAGAACUUGAUUCGAAAAGAGCUGACAGGCGAAAUCAAGAGACAAUGAACAAACUGGAAAAGAUAGAAGAUAGUUUAAAAGAUAUACAAGAAAUGAAACAAAUGUUGAUGGAAAGACAGCGAAAUAUGGAAAUAAUGUUACAAGAAAUAAUUAAUAAGUUGGAUAUAAAAACAAAAGGAAAAACUAAUCGAAAUACGGUUGAUAUUUCCGACGAAGCAAAAGAAUAAACUACACUCUUGAUUUGUUGUCGACUAUUAUUAACAAUGUGAUAUAAAGAAACUAUUAUGAGACAAAAUGGUGACAAGAAUUCAUCUGAGUUUAUUAACACCACUUUGUAAAUGUGAAUUGUCUUGCUUUUCUUAUGUGUACCUUAUGGCAUCGUACCACUACCAUGAUUGGAAUUGUACAAACUUGUAUCAUCAAGAACUACAUGAACUUGUUACUCACAUCAGCAUAUGGUGUUAUUCAAGCUUAACGUGUCAUCUUGUUUUUCAUAAAUUUUCUACAUCGUAAAGAGUUAAAUGUUACCUUUAUCGGCCCUCCGAUAUUUCAAAUCUCCAAAUUGUAACAUCCUGUAUGUAAUCGCUGGGUAAAAUUGCCCUAUUUUCUAAUACUCUUAACUUUUUUGGAUCUUUCCUUAUACUUAUAUUUAUAGCAAAUAAAUUAAAUCAUUAUAUUUUAUAAAAAAAAAAAACUAUCUAUAAUUUGGAACCAAGAUAAAACAAUUGUAUUUGAAAACAUUAUUACUUUAAAUACAUAUGUACUUGCUUUUAAUUUCGUGUAUCAUUAUUAUACUUUCCGAACCAUAGAUAUAUUUUUAGUAUUUGUUGGUAAUUGUCACCUAUAUAGUUUGGAAAAUGAGAAACGACUCACGAAACUAAUGUUCACUGUAUAGAUAUUCCGUGGGUUAAUUUUAAGCUUAACACGUAAACUUAAUGAGACUAUAUGAAAUUAUACAACAAGUGUAAACAAUAUGUUAUUGUGAUACUAAUGUAUAUUGCAAGGAACGUAGCAAUAUUCAUCAAUAUUUGUUGCUGUGUUUUUGUUUGUUUGUUUUUUUGUUCAUAAGUUUUCUUUUUGUUAUUUGUUUUAUUUGUUCGAAUUAUAAUUUAUUCCUAUUGAUCUUUUUUUUUUAAUUGUAUUUACCUUAUAUAUAACAAGACUAUUUUUUUAAAUUUUUUUUAUUUCAUUUGUUAAAUAUAUAUAAUCAUCGGAUAUAUAUUGAAAUCAUUUUUUCUGCUGUUUUAUAUGAUAAUAUCGCUUAAUUUAGACUUUUGAUUUAGUAACUAAAUAUCUAGUUUACUUUAUACUGUUCUAAACAAGACUUUUUUGUUGAAUAAACUGAAUGUGACUUUUUUCCUCUGUAAUACUGGUUAUUUCAAGCAUUUUUGUCAAGUUUGUCAUAAUCAGUUCAAUAGUUUAAGAAAAAUUUGGUAUACUGUAAUCUACAGCGAUUCGAGCAAAAUUUCUUCGAAAAAUCCAAAUCAAGCCGCAUCAUGAUAGAAUAUAGUGGAACCAAUAAAUGAUCAAUUUUUAUCUCAUCUGCCUACAAAUAGUUGAACAUGAUACAAAAGAUGACUUUAGGAUGAUAAAUACCACUAAUGGACCUCGUUGUCUUCAUUAUAAGGUCUCUUUUUGUCCAUUUAUACAUCUCUUUUCCUAAAAAUUACAACUUUUUAGGUCAAUAAAUUAAAAUGUUGGGGUAACUUUCACUUAUUUAUGAUAGAAAUGUUAUGAUAAAUGAGUAAUUGAAGUAUUCAAGCUGAAUGAACUAUCCAUAUAAUAGUUUACUGUCUCCAAGGAGGUUUGAAUAAGUUCUUACGUAAACCUUGAAUUUACGUCGCGUUCCAGAGAGGGACAUUAAAAGCUUCUUUUUUAGUGAAUAAUUUGUUGUUACUGCUUUAAAAAUAUUGCAUUUACUUAUAACUUUAUUUUUAUUAAAUUAUUAUUUAGGAUUAAAAUCUAAUAUAAGAUCAGAAUAUAAGAAAUAAGAGAAAAGGCUCCCCAAAACACUGUGUAUAGCUUGCUCUGUCUACUAAAUUUCAUGGUAUAGUCCUAUUUCAAGGAAAUUUUCUCAUAAAAUGUGUUUUUGAGACUAAAUCCACCCAGAAUAUUUAAUUUUUUGAAAUAUUUUACUUAAAUAGCAAGAAAUUUUAACAAAUCAGAGUACCCAGAAGGUCAAAUUUGCAUGUGCAGCUUCCCAUAUUAAGAGUAAUACCACCAUUGAUUUUCCACUAUUAGUCUUUGUUAAAUUUGCAUUUUUCAAAUAAUUGUGCAGAAUUAUCUUUGUUUCCAAAAAAUAAAUACUUGACAUGAGUAAAGUUAUAUCCUGUCCAGUACUUUAGUAACCAUGUAACCUCAAGUUUCCAAAAUAUUCUAUAGAAACCCCAAAUUAAAAAAUUAUGGUGCUUUGAAAUACCCAAGAUAUAUAUUUAUGAUCCAGAAAUUUUUAACUGCAAUGAAAUGUAGGAUUAAUUACCUACAACUGUCAAAUUCAAGGGAAUAUUUUUUCGACCCUUUUUUUUAUGCAACCGGAUGUGCGUACUAUGAUUUGGUGGUAUUACAUCUCAGUAUAUCAAAAUAUUCUAUUAAACGAUGACAUGAAAACAUCGAUUAUAACUUGAAAACUACAAAUAGUUAAAACUCACUGGUUCCAGUUGAUGUUCAAAAUAAGACCCUAGAAAUAUGCAUCUAAUAUAAAAAAAAGAAACAAAUAGCUGCUUGUAUUUCAUUUUUAUAUAUUCAAUACGAAGUACUACUGCAUAUGCCUUUGAUAUGUAACGAGAAAAAUACAUAUUUUUUAAAUAAUUAGUAACAAAAAGGAAAAAGUAGUUCUUUCGGUCUACAUUUUUGCUCCUUCGUAGCUUAUAUAUGUAUACCUACUUAUUUACGACAUAUUAUAACAAAAGUACAUACUUUUUUAGUAGAAAUGAUCACAGAUCUAGAAUAUUUACAAGAAUUAAGUUUACAUUUUUUUAAAUAAACCCGAGUGAGAGAGAGAGAGAGAGAGAGAGAGAGAGAGAGAGAGAGAGAGAGAGAGCAUUUAUAUGCCCCCGCCGCUAGGCAAAUGUCGCAUUUAGUUUCACCCUUGAUCGUCUGUCCAUCCGUCUGUUAAUUUUUUUCCGUUGGUCAAUCCGUCCAUCUAUUAUCCGUCGGUACUUCCAUCCGUCCCAAAAGUAUUUUCACAUAUUAUAAGCAAGCCUAAGCGGGUGCAAUUGUGUCCUCAGACACAUUCUGUUUUUUUAAUUUUUAUAUAUAUAUAUACUUUUUAUUAUGCCUACAACGGCUAUAAUUAAGGGUACAUGUUUUGUGUAAAAUUUUACAUCAAUUGUAUGCAUAUUUACAUUAAAUCAUUGUGUGUUUA